CGAUGGCAGACUUCGAUGAGUAUGCGGGGUCAGAAGGAACAGAUUUCAGGACACCCUGUCCUUUCUGUGGCAGGAAGUUCAUACCCGAAUCUCUGGAAAGACACAAAGGGCCAUGUCAGAAAUCUACGGCCAAGAAGAGAAAGGUGUUUGAUUCAUCCAAACAGAGGACGAUCGAGGGGGAACUGAAUCUAAAACAACUCAAACAGUCUCAGAAAAAGGAAGUUCCUGUGAAAAAGAAUAACUGGAGAGCUAAACAUCAGGACUUCAUCAACUCUAUCCGAGCCGCUAAGAAUGCCCAGGUGGCUGUGGCUUCAGGGGGACCAUUACCUCCCCCUCCCCCACCCUCCAUAAACCCAGACUAUGUCCAGUGUCCUCACUGCAGCCGGCGGUUCAAUGAGACAGCUGCGGAGCGACACAUCCCCUUCUGUAAGGAGCAGCAGAAAAGGCUGGGGAACAAGCCCUCCCCUAACCCUAACGCUAAGGCUAAACAGAAUGCCAGACUCCAGUAUCAAGCGCCUCGCCCCAAGAGCAAACACACCUCAGCGGCUGCAGACCCCGGAGCAGCUCCAUCAGGGAUAAGAGCUCCGGGCUACAGGUCUACAGGUACUGUAUCAUCGCGAGCAGGGAGGAUGGGUGGCAGUGCCAGCAGUGACAGUGACUAUAGGCAGUCUCCUGGCACCAGCAGAAACAGUAAUCAGAGUGUAUAUGGUAGCAGUGAUGAUGUUGACAACUAUGGACGCAUCCCGGCUCCUGGAUCUGCAUCUGGUCGCGCAUUGAGGACGGGGCGCGAUGCUCGAGCUUAUGAGGAGGCAAGGAAGGAUGCCAAAAUGAGGCGCCCACCAGGCGGAACAAUGAACAAGUAUGGGGGAGGUCAGAAUAGCCCAGGCUCUAACAAACCAGGGGCAUUACGGGGUCCACAGCGAGGCUACAGCCAGACGAGCGUGGGGUCAAGGUCACAGUCUAACUCCAGUAAUGCUUACAGUUCUCCUGAACAGAACUAUGGCAGUAGCGAGAGUAAUGGUUACUAUGGUGGGGGAUCCUCUGCCGGACGUCAGGGGAGCGCAGGGGCACGGUUUUGUCACGAGUGUGGAACCAAGUACCCAGUCUACACUGCUAAGUUCUGUUGUGAGUGUGGGGUACGCCGAAUGACCAUCUCAUAAUGACCUUAAGGGGUCAGAGGUCAUGCUUUUAAUAAUGACCUUAAUGGUUCAGGGGUCAAGUUAUAACGAUGACCUUGAGGUGUCAGAGGCCAUACUUGUAAUGAUGACCUUGAGGGGUCAAGGGUUAAGUGUAUAAUGACAUUGAUGUGUCAGACAUGUCAGAGCUCAUGCUUGAAAUAAUGACCUUGAAGGGUGAGGAGUCAAGUGUAUAAUAAUGACCUUGAAGUGUCAGAAAUCACGCUGAUUAUAUUGACCCUAAGGGGUCAGGAGUAUGUCUUAUAUGUUAUGAUGACCCUGUGGUUUUAGUUCAGGUCCUCUAAAACAUAUCCUACCUUUACAAGCCUGUGUAACUUUUCUCAGAAAUGACAUCAGUGUAACAUUAUAACUGAUAGAAUGUUAUUUAUUACUAUAGAUUAAAAAAAUAUAUUUAUAAGAAAUUAAUUUUGCUAAUCACACCAAAAAAUGCUAGCAACUGUAAUUUGAAAUCGAAAUUGCAAGAAACUGUGGUCCGUUCCACUGUUUUCCUUGUGGUAAAAUUCUCUGUACAUACAAGUUUAACAAACGAGGUGGACAAAGUUGUGAAAAGAUGUUGGCCGUUGGUAUUUUGCAUAAAUGUGACAUAAUCUGAAAGUAUUAUCUGUUAUACAUGUAGAUAUCAGGUGCAGUUAAAUGUACAGCCAGCCCACAAAUUUUCCCUUUCAGAAUCAGAUUAUUUUCAACUGUUGAUAUAAAAAGUGUCCCUCAGUUUGCCAGGUGUUGUAGAACUACAUGACCUUCGCCAAUAUUGGUCUUGCAACAUGUGCUAAAUGUUGCUGUGUUUGGGUUUAAUACUUUAAAUUAUGUAUAAUGCUGUAAACUGUCUUGUACAUGGCAUGUAAGAAAAAUGAAUAAGUUAUAUAAUGGAUUCCAGAUAUGUAAAGAUUUGAACAGUGGAGCACAAAGAAUUAUGAAUUUCUGAAGUCUUUCAAAGAUUUGUCAUACUGUUUGCAGAUCGUUAUAAAGUUGACUAGGUCUAUUUAUUGUUAACUCAUCAAUUAUAGAAUAAUAGAAAGCAUGUUGCCAAACCAGCCUAAGCUGGAUUUGAACAUGUGACCUACUGGUUCAUUGAGUGUAACAGUGUGAACUGAGAUAAUCUGGACUGGGCUGGGGUAAUUUUCCUUUAGUCUAGUGUAAGCUACUUGGACUAAAAAAACCCAGAAAUUGCUGGUUCAAAAGACAAAUCCCCAGCUGGUAAGCUUAGUUACAAAUGCUAGUAUCUCUUUUUACGUGCUGGCUCUUCAACUUGAGUUCACAUGAUUAUAAGUUUGAGUGAUAUGUAAUGUUGUUUUUUUUUAUUGCCACCUUAGAAAUGACCUAGAACAUGUAGAAUGACACCCUGCGAAUGGUAUAACAAACUCAUCGCAUAAUACAUGUACAUAUACCGUCUCAAUCACUUUUGUAUUCAGAUAUGUGAAAAUCAAUUUAAUAUUGGUCACAAAAAGUUAAUUUAUUUUCUUUUUUAAUUUGUUUUUUGAAGCUCUAUUACAUGUGCUUUUAAUUAUUUAAUUUUUUUUUUAUGUGUUUUAUAGUUUUAAAAAUUACAUAGAACUGCAUUGCCAUGGGCAGAAAUUACACUCUUGUAGUUAUAACUAAAGUAUAGUUAGUUGUCAUACAGCACUUUCCAACUUUGUUUUAUUCUGUGUGAUAUUUUGUAUGGAAAUGUGUAUGGAACUGUAGAUGUAUGUUCAAGACCUAAACACAUUGGCCAUGUCAGUUGGGAUACAUAUUGAUGGGUGUACUUUUUAUAGUCAUACAACAUCAGAAAUUGUAUCUAAUUUAAGUGUAACAAUCUCUUGUACUGGAGGUAGAAAAGCAUCGCUAUACAUGUACAUGUACAUUUUAUACGUGUUCAUGUGUAAUGUGUCACACGUUGACAUACAAUUUUGAGUGUUAAAUAAAAAUAUAUACUAGGUUCCUGUUGUUUUUUCCAUUGUUCAUGCCAUUUUCCACUUGUUU